AUGGCUGCAGCCCUCGAAUCUAUCCUCAGCACCGUCUCUAGGAUCGAACAUGAGCUUGCUGCUCGCGAGGCCCUUGCGGUUGUUAGCAAAUCCAAGCUUGACGCGGUCCAGAGUUCAAUCAAGCACUUCUCCAACCCCAAAUCUCAACUCGCUGGCAAUGACCCACAACGUCUCAAAGAUGUCAUGCAGACUGAGCAACUCUUGCGUGCUUCAUGCCUCCCUAACAGCCAUCAGAGAGCCCAUGCUGUCCAAUUUCACGCCCAGGGAUUUUCUAAGCAGGCUGUCGCUCGAAGCGUCAACUGGACUCAGCCUCUAACUUGUGCUGCGACUCGCGUCAAAGCUCGUCAAAUAACUGACAAGCCUUGCACCGAUGCCCGACCUCCAGUUCCUACCAUUGUUCAAGCCCGAGAGCUAGUUAAAUUCGUCAAGUCUUCUCCCCAUGCCCGUCGCAUGCCCCUCUCCAAGAUCGCUGCUACCCUCGGAUUAGAAAGUUCUGAUACUGCCAUUCGUAAUGCUCUCGGUCGUUACGGGUACAAGUUGUAUCCGGCUGUCGUUCGACCUUUCAUUAACGAGGGAACCCGAAAGCUCCGGCUUGAAUUCGCUCAGAGCCAUGUCAACUGGACCGUCGAGCAGUGGAACAAGGUUCUCUUCACUGCAGAAGUCCGCAUUCCCCUUACAGACGCACAUGAACCCUUGGUCAUUCGACAGUCGGAAGAGGAAUACCAUCUUGACUGCAUCAACGAUGUGCCUGCUGAGCCUGUAACCUGCAAUGACAGUGAGCUGUACUUUGCCCACUUCUCAGGUCUCACUGGCAAAGGCCCUCUUAUUGCUUGGAGUCGCGACGCGGACAACAAGUUCGGCCCACUCAGUCCUGUAAAUCACUACAAGGUCAUCUUUCCAGGAUUAUCCAAGUGGAUCGACGAUCAGCCCUCUGGAUGUCGCUUUGCUAUGCGUCCAGAUAUGUGCGCCCACGCUGCUGUUGCCGUCAAGGACGAGAUGCGAUUUCGAUCUAUGCCCACUGAACACUUCCCUCCCGCCUCACCCGACCUGAACCCCAUCACUGAGAUAUUCAACUGGGUCAAGGUUAAUCUCAAGAUUGACAAGGACCGCUCUCUUUACGGCGAGGUCGCCGAGUGGCGCAUCCGACAAGUUGUCCGAGCCACCUGGAACAGCAUACCUCAGGAGAACAUGAAAGCGCUCAUCGAGAGUAUGCCUCACAGAUGUCAAGCUGUCAUCGACGCCAAUGGGAUGUAUACCCGGGACUAG